AUGAUCGUCACACACGACACCCACGUCAUCGACACGCUUGACUUUAGCGGCGCCACGACGUACGGCGACUUUCGCGACGACCUUGCGCGCGAUGGCUACGCCGUUGUGAAGGGUGCCAUUCCGCGCCAGAAGGCCGCCGAGUAUGUCGAGAGGUAUCACGAGUACCUGGAAUCGUUUGGCCUGGGCUACGACCGCAACGACCCCUCGACCAUCCGCGAGGAGAACCUGCCCGUCAUCUCCGAGCGCGGCAUGCUGGGAUUCUAUGGCGUAGCCCACGAGGACUUUGUUUGGGACAUGCGCGCCGAGCCGGGCGUCAUUGCUGCGUUUGAGACCAUCUUCGACACCGAAGACCUCAUUGUCAGCUUUGACCAGAUCAACGUCACCUUCCCCAACCGCAAGGACCUCAAGCCCAACAAGCGGUGGGCACACCAGGACCAGGACCCGGAGCGUGCCGGUCUCCGCUGCGUGCAGGGCAUCAUCAACCUCCUCCCCAAUGGCGAAAAGGACGGCGGCCUCAUGGUCCUCCCCGGGGCGCACAAUUCCUCCGAAGAGUUCCACAAGCUGUUCAAGGACGAGCCACAGCUGUACCGCUGGACAAACGAAGUGUACAACUUCACCGAGGCAGGGCUCGAGUGGCUCAAGGCCCGCGGGUUCGAGUGGAAAAAGGUCAACUGCGAGCCCGGAGACCUGAUCGUCUGGGACUCGCGUCUCCCGCACUACAACGUCUCGCCACAGGGCAACCAGGCGCGCUUCGCCUCGUACGUCUGCUACGGCCCAGUCUCGACCGCCGAGCACGCCGACCUGGUACGCAAGAAGGAGGCCUUUGAGUCCUACCUCGCCACGUCGCACUGGCCGCAGGCACUGCAGACAGCCGGUCACCUCAAGUGUCUGCGUCCCGACGGCACAGAGUGCCCAUACGCACGCAACGAGCCGCGCCAGCCCCCACAGCUCAGUGAGCGCGCAUACAAGCUCACGGGCAUCCCGUACCUCCAAGCGCGGGCGUAG